AUGGCGAGCAGAAAGAAAUGCUUGGUUCUAGGACUGCUUGCCUUUUUAUGGGCUGAAUUGGGCACUGAAGGCAAAGAAGAGGAAGAAGAACAGACCUGUCAGCUGCUGGGCAAGUUUGAUUUGAAUGGGUGAAACCAUUCACUUGUUAUUGGAGGACUGUUUACUCUUCAUUCCAGGACCACCCCAGCAAACGAGUCUAUUUUGGAGCCAGUAUCAGCAAAAUGUGAAGGGUUCAACUUCCGGGGAUUCCGCUGGAUGAAAACCAUGGUCCACACCAUCAAGGAGAUUAAUGAGAGGAAGGAUAUUUUACCCAACAUCACUUUGGGCUAUCAGAUCUCUGAUACCUGUUUCACCAUCUCCAAAUCCAUGGAAGCGGCAUUGGUAUUCCUCACAGGGCAGGAAGAAAACAAGCCCAGUUUUAGAAACAGCACUGGGGCAAUGCUGGCAGGAAUUGUUGGAGCCGGUGGACCAUCCUUAUCAGUUGCUGCUUCAAGAAUUCUAGGGUUGUAUUACUUACCUCAGGUGGGUUAUGCCUCUACCUCCUCACUUCUUAGUGACAAAUACCAAUUUCCAUCUUAUCUUCGCACAGUAGCCAGUGAUAAGAUCCAGUCGGAGGCCAUGGUACAACUUAUCCAACAUUUUGGUUGGGUCUGGAUAGGCACCAUAGCAGCUGAUGAUGAUUAUGGAAAAUACGGAGUAAAGAUUUUUAAGGAAAAAAUGGAGAGUGUCAACCUCUGUGUUGCAUUCUCCGAAACCAUUCCCAAAGUCCAUUCUAAUGAGAAAAUGCAAAAAGCUAUUGAUGCUAUAAGGAACUCCACUGCCAGAGUCAUUGUGCUUUAUGCGUCUGAUAUUGACCUAAGUCCUUUCAUGCUGGAAAUGGUUUACCGUAACAUAACUGACAGAACACGGAUAGCGAGUGAAGCCUGGAUCGCCUUGGCUCUCAUUGCAAAGCCUGAAUAUUUCCCGUAUUUUGGUGGAAGUAUUGGAUUUUCAAUACCAAGAGCUGAUAUACUGGGAUUAAAAGAAUUUCUUUAUGAUGUACAUCCAGGCAAGGAUCCAAAUGAUGUCCUGACCAUUGAAUUUUGGCAAACUGCUUUUAACUGUACUUGGCCCAAUAGUAGAGUUCCAUACAACACUGAACAUAGAGUGAAUAUGACUGGUGAAGAGGACAGAUUACACGCCAUGUCUGAUAAAUUCUGUACUGGAAAGGAGAAGUUGGAAGAUCUUAAAAAUACCUAUCUGGAUGUGUCUCAGCUAAGAAUUACACAUAAUGUCAACCAAAUUGUGUAUUCUAUGGCAUAUGCCCUGGAUCGUCUAAGUAGAUGUGAGGAAGGACACUGACCAUACAUUCCAGGAAACACCUGUGCAUAUAUACUGAUUUUUGAGCCUUGGCAGUUAAUGUAUUAUUUGAAGACACUUAAGUUUACAACCCAUGAUGGAAUGAGAAUAGAAAUUGAUGAUAAUGGAGCUGUGACUGGAAACUAUGAUAUUCUAAAUUGGCAAUUAGAUGAUAAUGGAGAGAUAGCCUUUGUGAAGGUUGGAGAAUAUAUAUUCACAAACUCUAAAUUUGAACUCGUGAUGAUUAAGAAUGCAACAAUAUUUUGGAACACUGAAUCAUCAGAGCUUCCCCAUUCAGUGUGUACUGACCUGUGUCAGCCUGGGACCCGGAAGGGAAUUCGUCAUGGGGAACCAAUAUGUUGCUUUGACUGCAUCCUGUGUGCUGAUGGGCAUGUGUCACGGGAACCAGGUCAAAGGGAGUGUGAACAAUGUGGAUGUGGUGAAGACUAUUGGUCCAAUGCACAAAAGAGCGAGUGUGUGCUGAAAGAGGUGGAGUUCCUUACUUAUGAUGAGGUCCUGGGAUUCACGCUUGUCAUUCUCUCCAUCUUUGGGUCGCUUGUGGUUUCGGCAGUCACAGUUGUGUAUGUGAUAUACAGACACACUCCGCUCGUGACUGCCAAUGACCGGGAGCUGAGCUUUCUCGUUCAGGUUUCUCUUGUCAUCACGUUGCCGUCUUCCAUGUUCUUCAUUGGCAAGCCAUACAACUGGUCCUGCAUGGCCCGUCAGGUCACUUUGGCACUGGGCUUUUCACUUUGCCUGUCUUGCAUUCUUGGAAAGACUAUUUCACUGUUUUUAGCCUACAGAAUUUCCAAAUCCAAAACCCGACUUAUAUCCAUCCACCCUCUUUAUUGGAAAAUCAUUGUGCUAAUCUCUGUUGUAGUCGAAAUUGGCAUAUGUACAGCCUACUUAGUAUUAGAACCCCCAAGGGUGUACAAGAACAUGGAAUCUCAAAAUAUAAAGAUUAUUCUGGAAUGUUAUGAAGGUUCUAUAGAAUUUUUGUGCUCUAUAUUUGGGAUGGAUGUCUUCUUGGCCUUGCUGUGCUUUCUUACAACCCUUGUGGCUCGCCAGUUGCCGGAUAAUUACUAUGAAGGAAAAUGCAUCACCUUUGGGAUGCUGGUCUUUUUUAUUGUCUGGAUCUCUUUUGUCCCUGCUUACUUGAGCACCAAAGGCAAGUUUAAAGUGGCCGUGGAAAUAUUUGCAAUCUUGGCAUCCAGCUAUGGUUUAUUGGGUUGUAUAUUUGCUGCCAAGUGCUUCAUUAUUUUGCUGAGGCCAAAGAGGAACACGGAUGAAAUUGUUGGUGGAAGAGUUCCCACUGUAGAUAAGAACAUCCAACUGACUUCAGCCUCUGUGAGCCGUGAGCUCAACAAUACCAUGGUGUCAACUGUUCGGAUGAGUAGAGUCAUGGGUUGCAUGUGUCCCUCAGAGCUGCAAUGGCGGUAUGGUUCAACAUCCCCUUUCAGGUGGUUCCCACAGCAGCUGCCUGAUGUUCUGGAGUAA